UUACUAAACAGUUAAAAAAAAAACUCAAAGAGAAAUAAAGUUUACUGGACCCCAUUGUGGAGAUGGUCCCAUAAUAAUACUGAUAGAAUUAGAAGAUAGAGCAAUGGAAGGGGAUUUGUCCACGUGGUACAAUCCGAAUGGUUCUUUAAAGCUCAUCAAGCACAUCAACACCGUCGAUUUUUCCCGCAUCGAAAAGCGUUCAAUAAUCAACACUUGUCUUCUUGCUCCUAUAUAUAUAGAGAGACGAGUCACAUGUAGUAAUCUCUUUCGACGUGAAACGCCGUUAAAACUAUUCUUUCCCAUUGUAUCCGCUUUUAACAACUCUCGUCGUCAUCUCCACCGUCCGUUUUCGCUCAGCUAUAUUUUAAUGGCGACGAUUCAGAAGCAAGAAGAAGUUGGAGGCAAGGACCAAAGCCUACGAGCCGUUGAUCUAACCAUCGUCCACGGCGUCAGAAACGUCGAAACUUCAAGACCUUUCCAAGUAAAUUCCACGGUGAGUCUCGAGCCUAAGGCGGAGCCGGUGAUGCAGAUGCAGGCUCCGUCGAUUUCAAUGUCUUUAGCUCCACCGUCUUCAACGGGACCACCAUUGAAGAGAGCUUCGACUAAAGACCGUCACACGAAGGUUGAAGGAAGAGGGAGAAGGAUACGGAUGCCUGCCACGUGUGCGGCUAGAAUUUUUCAAUUAACUCGAGAGUUAGGUCACAAAUCCGACGGCGAAACGAUUCGGUGGUUGUUGGAGAACGCUGAGCCGGCGAUUAUCGCCGCCACGGGAUCGGGAACGGUUCCCGCCAUCGCUAUGUCGGUUAACGGAACCCUAAAAAUCCCGACAACAACGAACGCUGAUUCUGAUUUGGGUGAAAAUCCGAUGAAGAAGAAACGUAAACGACCUUCUAACAGUGAGUAUAUAGACAUAAGCGACGCCGUUUCAGCUUCCUCCGGUUUAGCUCCCAUUUCCACGACGACAACGAUCCAACCUCCGCCAGCGCUGGCAUCAUCCACCGUGGCUCAGCAACUUCUGCCGCAAGGAAUGUAUCCGAUGUGGGCUAUUCCAUCAAACGCAGUGAUUCCGACGGUCGGAGCUUUCUUCUUGGUUCCACAAAUCGCUGGUCCGUCGAAUCAGCCUCAGUUAUUAGCUUUUCCCGCCGCGGCCCCGUCGUCUUACGUCGCCGCGGCCCCGUCGUCUUACGUCGCCGCUGUUCAGCAGGCUUCCUCGAUGGCUAGACCACUUCCUCUUCAAGUUUUUCCAAGCAGCGGCUUUGUAUCCGUUUCAGACGUUAGCGGUUCGAAUUUAUCAAGAACGACGUCGGUUAUGGCUCCAAGCUCAAGCUCCGGCAUAACAACCGGUGGUUCAUCGUCUACUGCAACAACAACGACACACACACUCAGAGACUUCUCGCUAGAGAUAUACGAGAAACAAGAGCUUCACCAGUUCAUGAGCACCACAACAACACGGUCAUCGAACCACUGAAGAAAAUAAAGAAAAACGACGGCGUAUGAGUGAUCGGAAAAGGCACGUGGGCACGUGAAGAAGUGCACGUGUUAAGAAGUGGGCCUAGAUUUUAGGCAGAAGUGGGUCAACACGCACCAAAAAGCAGAGAGAGAGAGAGAGUGGGAGGAGGAAGGGAAGGGGCCACUCGGCUCCCACCUUACGCAUAGCUUCCGAGGCAGCCAGGUUGGGUGUGGUCCCCAAAUGGUUAGAGCUACGUGGUCCGUAUGAGUAGGACCAGCUUAAGCAUAAUUCCGAAUCGUUUCAUUUUUUUGGGUGGGGGCUCACCACUUUGUCUUGACUUUUUUGGUCUUUGUAAUUAACAAAAUAUAUUUAUUGAAGCCCUCUCUAAGUCAUGGUCCACUCAACAACAAUUGUGAUAUUGAUGUUUUGAUUUUAUUUAAAUCUGUAACAAAAUAAAUAUAUCUUUCUUAUCUAAAUGAAAAUUCUAAUGUUGUUUU